UAAUUUAUAUUUACCACAUUUUAAUUAUCCUGUAUUGUUUCCUGAGGAAUUUAAUAAUACCAAAACAAUUUCAAAUCUCUUCUUGGAUAAUAAAUCUUUAAAAGAAAGUAUAAAUCUCUUCGAUCUCUUGCAGAAGAAUGUAAGAGAUGAUAUAGUUGCCAAAACUAUAAAUUUAACUAAAAUUGAUGUAGAAGAUGAUAUAUUAACCAAAGAUGUAGAAUUUAAUCCUAAGACCGAAGAAACCGAAGUUAAAAGCGUUACGUACGAAGAAAGGAAUAAGAAAAAUGAAGAAAGUGUUUCUAAAAAGGAAACAACCGCUCUAGAGGAAGGAAUUGAAACAGAAAAUGAACAAAUAUCCAUUAGGAAUAACGAUAAAGUAGAUAUUAAAGCUAUAAAAAACGAUAAAGAGACAGAAAACGAAGGGAACAGAGUAAAAAUCGAAAAGAAAAUAGAAAUAAUCGAUACUACAACUACAAAAUAUGAAGUCACAGAUACAGAAAAAGAAGAAAUUAACCAUAAGAGUGACGAUGAAACAGAGAAAAAAGAGAAAGAUCAUAAAAAUGUCGAAGGAUUACAAGAAAGGCAAUUAAUCUCAAAAUCGGAAUCGUUCGAUCAAGAUGGAUCUACAGAUAAAGGAAAAAAUUUUAAUGACGAUGAUAAAAAAGAAAAUAUGAAACACGUGCUUGAAACAGAGAAAACGAGUUCUGUAGUUAAAGUCGAUGAUGUUGAAACAAGUUUAAAAGAUAUUAAAAUGGAGGAAGUUACUACCGUGAAAACAGAUUUGGAUAAUGUGGUAGGGAAUAGCGAAGAUGGUAAUACCGAGAAUAAGAAAGAAACGAAGAAUGAUGGCGAGAAUAGAAAAAUCAAUCUUAAAACGGAAAUAGAGGAUAGAGAAGUGAAUUUAGAGAAAAAUAGGAAGCAAAUAAUGUCAGUCGAAAACAACGAAGAACGAAGCGAAAGUAAAAAAGUGAAGACAAGUCGCGAGGAAACGAAUCAUAAAAUAGAAGAGACAAACGAGGAAAGUGUUCAGGAAAAUGAAUUAAAUGAAAUCAAAAUCGAGGACACAAUACAAAAUGGCCAAUUCCCUGAAAAUAUUAAUGAAAGAAACGAUAACGAUACAAAUAAAAAUGGUUCUCAAUACGAAAAUUCUCAAUACGAAAAACGAACAGAAAUGAACAAUAUUGAAGAUUUAAAUGGGUUGAAAGACAGAAAUCGAAAAGUACAAGAAACGUUAAGAGAGACAUUACCAGAUGAAUUAUCCAAUUCAGAUCUGGAUGUCCUUCAAGAUAAUUCAACAAAGUUUAUCUGCUUGACAGACAGCAGCAAAUGUUUGAGUAAAUCGACCUCUAUUCUUUUAACAACGGGUAUUUUAAUAGGAAUCAUCGUCGGUCUGGUGACAAUUGUAGGAAUAACAACAGGAUUAUCUGUUUACAUUUUCCACCGUUGGAAAUUACGAAAGAAACCACGAGACAGAUCUAGAACCUCAAAAAUGGAUAGAGUAGUUAGUUCUACAACACGAAGACCUGUCAAGAAUCGAUCUACAAAGCGAAAAUUGAAUCUACGAGAAGUAAUGGAAGAAAACGAUUCCCCCGUCAACACACUUGAAGCGAUCACAGUACACAAUUACAGAGAAGUCGGGAGAUACUCUUACAAUCUGUAACAAAAACAAAGAAAACAAUAAAUACAG